GCCGCAUGCCUUUGUAGGCCGCGAAGGCCACGCCCUUCAAUGGAUGCGGUCCCUGAAUUGAGACACAGCUGAUGGCUAGCUUAAAUGUGGCAUUAAAUCUAGAAGCUAAGCGUGUUAGGAGGACGGCGUGUCAGGAGAACGACGUCUGGCUGCUCUGCUACCUCACCCCCUCCAUCUACACCGACACACACGGAUCCAGGUCUGAAUGUUUCUAACUCGGUUCAGCUCCCAGAUGAGACACUGCGGAGCGUUUAGCUGCUCAACAUGAUUGUAGCUGUCAUCAACUCCACACAGGAGUUGAUGUGUCACAUGAUGAUGGGGAGCCUGGUGAGUUUCAGGAACGACUGUGCUCAACAUCCUCAGUGAGACACUCCCAGAGGACACCUGUCCUCGCGUCUUCCACCUGUCCUCGUGUCGUCCUCUUCAUGUGUCCACAGUUUAGUCUCUAGACUGGGAGACCUUUGAGCAGUACAGCACCUAGCAGCUGUUCCUGGCUCAUAGCUUCCCCCUGGAGACCAUCAUCCCCAUCCUGCAGCACCUUAAAUAUAAAGAACACAGGCCUUAUACUGUCUGCUGCUGCUGCUCUGCAGAGAGAAGUACGACAGGAACACAUCUGGAUACUCGUGUUAGAGACUCCUGGGUCCCCGUUAACGUCUCUGUGUCCCAGGCCCUAAGGAGAUGGUGAAGAUGGUCCUGAGUCGUCCAUGUCACCCCGAGGACCAGUUCACCACUAGCAUCCUGGGACACUGGGUGUCCAAUCCCGACAACACGCUGGGAGAACACAUCAAGGCCCAGCUGAUCAAGAACAACAACCAGCCCCACAAGAGACAGAGUCUUCACUCAGACCCCGAUCCCUCAGGCUCUGCAGCACGUUCAGGCCAGCUGUGAUGAGCUGGACAGGUAGGCUGGAAUAAAAUGCAGCUGCUUGGAUUGGAGGAAUCCCCCACUGGCCACGCCAAUCAUCAUCGAGCCUAGACAGCAGGAGGAGUCGACGUCAUCUGGUCCAAUCCUCGGCAGGCAAUCCUACAUCUCAUUAGCCUCCUCUCUACCCAUGAAGGGCAGACACACGGUUUGUGUAACAUUUUGCAGCAACGACAGGGGAGCCAGCCUGAGCCUGGGAACCUCAGCUCUCUGAUUUCAGCAGAAUGAACACCAGAGGAGUCUGGAGAAGAUGACAAAGACUGGCAGACUCUCGCUCUCUCUACACUGGCUGGAUCCCACAUAUCCGACAUCAUUCCAUCAGUUCAUCUGAUGAGAUUUAGUCUCCAAGGUUUUCCAAUCCUUUCCACUGUAAGAUCUGAAAAAGCAGCAACAAUAGGUCCUACCGGGGCAACAAGCGGACGCAGUCAGACCAUGAGUCAGAUGAUCAUUCAUGUUGUAUAGAAACUCCCAGUCCACUUGCACAGUUGUAUUGCUGUUUUGUGCACAAAGGCACCAUGGGAAACAUAGUCCAGUGCUGUCACACACUGUCAAACUACUUUAAGUGUAAAGAUGCACGGGCCAAGGGUGAGGCAGAAAGAUCCCCUCUGCUAUCUAGCGAGGAGAGUGAUCCUGACUCGCCGAGCUUGACGGACGACAUGGAGGACGAUCUGUUAACUGUCUCCACCGGUGUGACAAACCCAGCCCUCGAACCAGAGCACUUCCUGUUUCCGGACAUCAUCCUGAGCAGCAACCUGGGAGAGGACGUGACUCUGGUGGAGCCGAUGGUGUGUCUGCUGGUGUCUGAGGAGGAUGAGGGAGCGAGGGUGGAUGAGCCAGGAGAUGGAGGACAAGAGAGGAGCAACAGGGGGAGAAACAGGGGGUAUUCUGAGGUUGAGACACAAACUGAGGUGGAAACACAGAUUGAUAUGGGGGUACAGACUCAGACAGAGUCACAGGCAGAAGUUCAGGCACAAACAGUGAUCUGUAAUGUGACUGUGGAGAGAGGAGUAAACACAAUAACAAAUUCUGGCACUACAAAAGAGAUGGCUGUGGAUGAGGAAGCUGAACAGGAAAAACUGAAAGAGACUCACAUCCAUGAGGACCUGACCGCGACUUUAACAAAGCAUGCAUUUCAAACUGAACAAUAUAUAGAGCUAAUACAGGAGUUAAACACAGUUGACGACAAUGUCUUUAAGUCAGAGUGCACCUCAGUGAUGCUGACUGAACACAAUAUAAACAAAAUGGAUGAGAACAUCGCUGCAGUGGAGUCACAAAAGUACAUUCAGCUGACAAAACCCAGCAUCAAAACCACUGAGACUGUGGAGACCUUUGACCCUGCUGAGGACCUGUCACAACAGAGUAAUCGUGGGAAUUACCAGAUGGGACAGGCGACUGUGGUGUCAGAUCAGAAUGUAAUUGAACAUAACAUUAGCCACACAAAAACAAACCACCACACAGGUCAGACAGCAGAUGAGGCAAUUUUAAAUCCAGAUCAUAUUCAAUGCCAGGAAAAUUUGGACCUACUAAAGAGGGAAGAGGACAACAACAAGACUUUUCUGCAGCGUGUUUUGGUGACAAUUCUGCCACAGGUGGAGGAAGAGGAAGGGGCUGAGACAAUGCAAAUGACCUUGUUUUCAGUUGACAGGCUGUUUAUGGCAGCAGCACGUGUCAAAGCGCCUCCAAGUCAAAUUGAAGACCCUGAGGAUGAUUGCCCAGAGCAGUCUGAGCAACUUAGCAUCCGUGACAUAGUCAAUCUACAAGAGAUGGGCUUUACUGUCAGAAUCCAACCACCUGGGACAGAAAGUUUUCAGCUUCAGGUGUCAGGCCAACUGCUGGUGGCAGAGCUGCAUCAGGUGCUGAUGGAGCACGAGAUCACCUGCCACCGCACAUGCUAUUCCCUCCAGCUGGGAGGCAUCACACUUGACAACCUCGCAGAACUGAGCUCCAUCGAGGGCAUCCAGGACGGAGUUGUGAUCAAGGUGGUGGAGGAUUCUUAUUCAGUGCGCGAUGCUCGUCUUCAUCUCAGACAUGUACGGGAUCUUCUGAGGAGCCUUGACCCCGCAGAUGCGUACAACGGAGUCAACUGCAGCUCACUGUCUUACCUUUCCUUUUACACCAGAGGAGACCAGGACAGUGACAGUAAGAGGAUAAGGCGAGCUUCUGAAAAGGAGUCUAUUUACUGCAGCCCUCCAGAAUAUGUCCUCCCUGGGUGUAAGGACCUGUUACUUACUCCACUGCAGCCGGUCAGAGAUGAUGGGAAGCCAUUACAGUGCCUGCGGCUUCUGACCAUGAGCAGCUGGAACCCCCCUCCAGGAAACAGGAAGAUGCAUGGGGACUUAAUGUACCUCAAUGUCCUGACUAUGGAAGACAAAGAACUCAACAUUACAUCUUCUACACGCGGUUUCUACCUCAACCAGUCAACUGCCUUCAACUUCAACCCCAAGCCAGCAGUUCCCAAGAUCCUUUGCCACUCUCUAGUCGAGCUGCUGAAUCAAGUCAGCCCUGCUUUCAGAAAAAACUUCAGUGCCCUGCAGAAGAAGAGAGUCCAGCAACACCCUUAUGAGCGGAUCGCAGCACCUUUCCAGGUGUUCACCUGGAUCGCCCGUCAUGAAGACCACACCCUCGACUGUGUCCGAGCGGAGGAGACUCAUACCAGUCGUAUGGGCCAGGACGAGCACACAGCUGGGCAGAGUCGGGACUGGAAUGAGGAGCUGCAGGGAUGCAGGGAACUCAGCAGGAACUCCCUCCAGGAGCGCCUGCAAAGAGAGAGGAGCAUAUUCAAGACCAACAGUGACUUUGUUGCUGCUGCAACACGAGGUGCUGUAGCCAUUAUCGACGGUAACGUGAUGCCGUUAAACCCAGGGGAGGCACCUCAUAUGCAGAUGUUCAUCUGGAACAAUAUCUUCUUCAGCCUGGGGUUCGACAUGGCUGAGCACUACCGCCCACUAGGGGGCAACACUGCUGCUCAUGCUGCUGCCAUCUGUGACCUGAGAGGAGCACAGGCAUAUGUAUCUGUCGACAUAGAGGGGCUUCACACACUUGGAACAGCUGUAGUGGAUUACCGUGGUAUCCGUGUUAUUGCCCAAACGAUUGUUCCUGGGAUACUGGAGAAAAAUCAGGAGCAGAGUAUAGUCUACGGCUCUAAUGACUACGGGAAAACUGUAUUUACACACCCCAGGUUCCUAGAGCUUCUGGAUAAAACUAGUAAACCACUAAGAAUCCAACGUCACCAGGUGCUCGACCACAGCAACAGCCCUGUGGACCUUUGCUCUGGCAUUGAGACCAAAGGCAUCCUGGGUAAUGACGGAAGACCCUACAUUUUGGACCUUCUGCGCACCUUCCCUCCCGACCUUAACUUCCAGCUCUCAGAGACAGAGGAGAGGAGCGAGGCGCCGAAAGAGUGUCAGAGCUUUGGUUACCCCCAGAAACAUCAUCACAGCCUGGCCAGCCUGAGACCAGAGCUGAUAGAAGCCUUCGUGCAGCAAAGGUAUGAACUUUAUGUCAAGAUGGUGUCCCAGGGGCUCAAACAGCUGGAAGAACAUGAAAAAGCCACGGAGCAGAGUGAAGAGCUGGUCUGUGAGCCCAGAACCGGAGACACAGCCACAGCCGAAUUUCAGAGAAGAAAUGUGAUCAAGGAAGCUUGUGAGGCUGUUGGAUCAGUCAGUGACUCUUGCUUUGACAUCCGCUUCAAUCCUGAUGUUUGCUCUCCAGGUGUUAGUUUCUCCUCCGAGUGUGCUGAGGAGGUUCAGAGGCAGAGACAGUUGUUAUGGGACGCGGCAGCUUUUCUACUGUCCAAUCAGAUUCCAGCAGUGCUGAGGGACUGUCUCGACCACACAGCAGUGCCGAUGGAUGGAGCGACCCUGACCUCAGCGCUGCACCAGCGGGGCGUGAACGUACGAUACUUGGGCACCCUGCUGAGGGAGUUGGACAGGGUGGACGAGAGAGGGAGACUCAGCCACAUACAGAGAAUUUCUAUCAGUGAAGUCAUCAUCAGAAGUGCAAAACACAUCUUCAGGACCUAUCUACAGGACGUCGAACCUGCAGCUUUUUCCGCUGCUGUCAGUCACUUUUUGAACUGCCUCCUGAGCUCCUCCUCCUGUUUCCCUGACUCCUGCUCAGAAAAGCAACUCCCUCGCCGCAGGAGCCGACGUCGACGGAGCCACGGGAGUCGAGUCUCCUCGUUGACAGAUGGUGUGUGGGCUAGACUGACCCCUACUGAGCUGUGGAGCAGGGUCAGGACUGAGGCUGGAGAUUAUUACCACUACUCAAUUGACAGUGAAAGUAUAGAUGAAGUGAUAGAAAAGCACAACCUUCAGAGGAUCUCCCUGCUGAGAGAGAUUGCCAUCAAGACGGGCAUCCAGGUGCAGUUGAAGGAGUAUGUGUUUGAGUAUCGACACAGGCCAGUGUUUAGUGAGGAAGAUGUUGUCAACAUGUUCCCUGUGGUCAAACAUCUUAAACCUACGGGAACGGAUGCCACACGGCUUGUGCAACACGCACAGGUAGCAGUACAGCAGGGGCUUCUCAAAGACGGCUAUGAAUUGAUUAGCCAGGCCCUGACUCUGUUCAGCAGCGUAUGUGGGGUCCUGCAUGAGGAUGUGUGCAUGUGCCUGCGUCUCCUGGGACGACUCAGCUACAUCUUGGGGGAAUAUGCGGAUGCCCUCAGCCACCAGGAAAAGGCUGUUAUGAGUAGUGAGAGAGUACAAGGUAUAGACCAUCCACAGACCAUACAAGACUAUACUUACCUGGCCCUUUAUUGCUUUGCUGGAGGCCGGCUUUCGACGUCCCUACAGCUGCUGUAUCGUGCUCGAUACCUCACCCUGCUUGUGAGCGGAGAAGACCAUCCGCACGUCGCACUCCUGGAUAGUAUGCUGGGUCUAGUGCUUCAUGGACUGAUGGAGUAUGAGCUUUCCCUAAAGUUCCUGCAGAAUGCCUUAAUUUUGACCUCAAAAUACCACGGUGCCACAUCUCUGAAGUAUGCACACGGUCAUCACCUGCUCGCCACUGUGUACGAGAGUAAAGGAGAGUUUCGAUCAGCUCUGCAACAUGAGAAAGAGGCUUAUUCAAUAUACAAGAGCCAGGUUGGUGAGGACCAUGACAGCACGAAGGAAAGCUCAGAGUACCUUAAGAGCCUUACUCAGCAGGGUGUGAUCCUUCAGAAAGCCAUCAACCACAUUUACAGUAACACACCUAGUGCCUGUAUUCCACCUCCAAAGUUUUCCACACCAUGCCUUCCCACAAUCCUUCAGCAGCUCAACCUCACAUGUGGAAUCAUUCUCAUUGCCCUCAGUGCUAAAGACAUUGCAGAUCUGAGGACUGAGUUAAAAGGAAAGGAAAAGUCUAAAGUGGAAGAGCUGGAAAAAAAGAUUUAAGAACGGCAGACGACAACGAUGAACUAGGGACUAAAAGGACAGUUACAUUAGAAAAGCUGUGUAUUCAGUCAGAGUUUUGAAAAUGACCACUGGCAAUGAGCAACAAUGGCAAAUGAAAGGUGUUAAUAAGUAAGUUAGCCUACUUUGGACAACAACUAUAUCCAAGUAACAGACAGGGGCAGAUGACUCCUUUUAGAAGAGGACUUUGUUCUACUGUUGUCUGGGGAGGAUUGGACGUUGAAGAGAGCCGCAGCCAUGAUAAAGCUCUUGUUGAAAUGUAUGGGAUGCAUGAAUGAACAAUGCAAGCUGUAAUUUCAAGGCCAAUAUGUAUAGCCAAAAUGUCCUCCUGUUUGUCAGAAAAAUGCAUAAAUAAAAUAAAUAAAAUUAUACUACUACUCA